GCGUGUGACCCUGGCGUGGGGUUGGGGUGGGGGGGCGUUUGCGCACGCCCAGGAGCAGAGCUGCCUGAGGACUCACUGCGCAAGCGCAGGCAAGCUGGUGACGCACAGCGCAGGGCGUUUGGCUGCGAGAUGGAUCCCGACGUCUUCCUUCGAAAGGUGUCUACAUUGCAGGCCGGUUUCCGAGGCUUCUUGGUCCGACGUCAAUUCCAGAGCCUUCGAGCUGAGUAUGAGGCAAUUGUACAGGAGAUUGAGGGUGACCUCAGCAUGCUGCAGUGGACUGGGGGCUGGAUUCCCAGGCCCAAAUUUCUCCCAGAGGCAAAACCUCAUCAACCCUGGAAAGCAGAGAAAAUACCGAAAGCAGAGCAGAAACUAUGGAGCCAUUCUCCAUGUAAAGACUCUGAAAAAGAGCUCAUCUGCGAGGAGAUGGUGCUGAAGAAGACAGAAGAGAACCCAGCAAAUCCAGGGAGUCUUUGCAGAGAUGGCAGCGCCUGGCCGCAGGCUGAGCAGGGCAGGGAAGCCAGCCAGGGGAACAGCAGAGAUGCCUUUGUCUCCAGGGUGGAAGAUGCAGUCACAGAUCUAGGAUUGUCCCAGAGCCAACAGGAGCUCCAGGAGCAGCGUAACCACUUGGCCAUGGAGCUGCUGUGGCUACAGCAGGCCAUCAACAGUCGAAAGGAGUACCUAAUUCUCAAGCAAACACUGAGAUCCCCAGAAGCGAGCCAGACCAGAGACAAGCCUCCUAACAUGUGCCUGAAGCACAGGGGACAGGCCUAUGAGAAGACCAGGUUGCAAUCAAGCUGCGUUCUGGACAACCAGUCCUAUAGAGACAGGAUCAUAGGAGAGCCCCAUCAUGCAGAGAACUCCUGCCACAAGGGCAGAUUGCAGCCCCAGAAACCCCCAGACAGUAUGACCAGUACUGGCAAAGCCACUGCUGGGUCUAAAGGCAGGGAACUCUGCUGUAGGAACUCUGGAUCACAGCUGCCUGCAGCAUUAGAAAGCCAGGCUGGAGGGGACAGGGUCACCGAAGGGCUAGACCAUGGAGGACAGCCCUCUAAUGAAACCUCCCUACAGCAAUUGAAACUCCUAGAGGAUCAGACCCCUGGGGACCUCAAGUUUAGGAGUCCUUAUUCUGGAAAGGCCGAAACACAGUUCCCUACCCUCUGUGAAAAUCUAAAUAUGGAGGAUAGAUAUUCCAGAAAGCCAAGUUACAAGGAGGCUGACUGCCGAAGAGCCAGGCCCUAUGAUUUGAGUAUCUCAGAAGGCCACAUGAUUUGGGAUGAGACCUUGGCAGGACAGGAAGGUGGUAUCCUGGAUCUCACAAGGACUAAACCACCCAAGAGCCAACCCCCUAGUAUUAGCACUUCCAGUGAUCUCACAAGGGCUAAACCACCCAAGAGCCAACCCCCUAGCACUAGCACUUCCAGCCAUAGAAAUACCAGUGAGCUUAGUCCAGAAGGAUUGGAAAGCCAUGUGACUCUGCGGUGGAGAUGAAGACCACUGGAAAACUUGUCUUCCAUAAGUCAGGACUAGGGGAAGGGCAGACAUCGGAAAGCAGGACCAUCAGGGAAGACCUGGGGACCCAGGAGAGGUUCCCAAAGGCAAAGAUGAUAAAGGAAGCAGGCCCUUGUCCUGCCUCCCUGGUACCACCUGUCUCCUGCCCUUGCCCCUGGCCAUUGGUAGAUCUCAGGCUAAGAGAAGCUGGAGGGUUGAGCUGGUACAAUAGGAGAAAGAAGGACAUGCCCUUUUAUCUUCUGCCUGUGACUUAAACCAAAUUUUACCUUCUCUUGGGGUAAAUAGGUGGUGGGGAGGAUCAUGGAGAAUAAAAGUUUUUCCCGGAUGUCAUGCAGGAGGAGCUAUAGUGGGCAAGUGAGCUCCCUGGAGACAGCUUACCAUCUGGCUUGGCUGCCAUGGGUGUGCACUGGUGAGGCACUGCCCCAGAGACUUCAUCCCUGGAUUGCUUCUUGCUACUGAUGUGCUUGCUUUCUCAUGUUUGACAUUGCCACACUCCUCAGUUAUGUGGCUUGAUGUGACUGGACACCAGAAGACCCUCAGUGCCUAUAGCUUUCUGUAAUCACUUCCUAGGUGACAGCCACCCCAUUGGGCAAAUUUACUGCAGAUCAAGGGAAGAUGAACUUUCCUGUUUACAUGAAUUAAUGGCUAUAGAAUUGAUUCAAAUAAUUUUUUUUUGUUUUGUUUUGUUUUUUUUGUUUUUUUUUCCAGACAGGGUUUCUCUGUGUAGCCAAGGCUGUCCUGGAACUCACUCUGUA